AUGAAUCAACAAUAAUAAGAGCUAAGAAUUAUUAAGUUAAAAAUAGAGAAGGAAGUAGUAUAAAUAGAUUAAAGGUUUGCAAAUGUAAGCAGUUUUUUUUAAGAAAUCUUUGAAAAAGAACCUGAUUGUGAUGAAGUAAAUUAUUCAAAAUAUAAAUAAGAUUAUUGAAAUCCCACAAAGUUGUGUAACUUAAAAAGCAUUUGAUUACAUAAAGAAAUAUUAUGAAUAUAAUAAAUAUGAACCAUAGAAAAUAAUGGGAGGUGCUUUAAAUGCAGAUUAAUUAUUUUUAAAUUAACAUGAUAAAGAAUUAAUGCUUCCAGUUAAUCCAUUUAAUGGUGAUUUACUCAAAUAAUUAAUUCAAGCAGCUGUCUAUUUUUAAUUAGAAGCUUUUAAAAGUAAUUAAAUACCCUAAUUUAAAUAGAAUUAUGUUUGGCAAGAUUAUAUUAUGAAUUUUUAAUAGAUCCAACAGACUCUAAAUGGUUACAAAAAUUGGCAGCUAAAUAUCCUGAAGUUCCACCUCUUUCAAUAGCUCAUUUAGAAUAAUAUAAAACAUUAUAUCCAAAUCUUUUUAAGGAGUUUUAGUGA